GCAGCUGAGCUCCGACAUCUGGACCCAAUCAAAAGAUCAUGAGCUGGAAAGCGCUCCAUUGGCUCCCAGAAACAAACUUAUCUAGCUGAGAGGUUUGCACAACUUUAUUCGCUAAUGAGAGGCUGGACGAACGUCAACAGCCAUUUUAAGGCAUUCAGAGUUUGUGUUGCUCAAACACACAGAAAAGUGUUAGGCAGAAAUUACGUUGCAGUCUUAGGUGUCAGUCAGUCCUGGGGUGUUCCUUCCCCGCCACCGCUGCCACAAUUAUUGUCGAAAGUUUAAUGCAACCAUGGCAGCCAUAAAGCUCAGAUUCUUAUUGGUUUCAUUCUUUACUAGCAUCGUGGGAGAAGCACAGUAUGUAAUGCAAGAUGCUGGAUUAAUUCAUUACAUCGACCGCCGAAUUCUGUCAAUAGAGGAGAGAUUGAACAAAUGCAAUCAAGACAUAAUGGAUUAUGUAGAAGAGUUCCGGGAGCUUUCAAAAAAGAUGAUGUCACGCCUAGAAGGCGCCAUCAUUUCAAAGACAGAGCUCAAAAACGACUUGGACCAUUUGCUAACAAGAGUGGAAAGGGCGCAAAGGGACAUUGACUACUUUGAAUCUACAAAAGAGUCGCCUGACACAUGCGUGGAAGUAGGUAGCGAUCUUCUGGAGCAGCAGCUAAUUGAAGAAGAAGAGUCCAAAAAGAAAGUCCAACUCAUGCUUAAUGCAAGUUGCAGCUACAUGGUGGCAGGCAUCAAAUCCCUAAAAAUAGUAAAGAGGUCUGGAGACACCCAUGGCUCAUGGUUGAAAGACCCAGGCAAGAAUUACCAAAAGAUCUAUUUCCUAAGUGGGAUAAAGAACAAAACUGUAAUGGAGUUUGCAAACAUCCGGACCUUUGCUGAAAGCGGUAAGAAACAAUCGGUUCGGAGAGUAAACCUGCCAUUUCCCUGGCAAGGCACAGGCCAUGUGAUAUAUAACGGCUUUCUGUUUUAUCACAGAUAUGGCUCCUUAAAUGAAAUAAUUAAGUUUGAUAUUCAGCAGAGAAAUAUCACUGACCGGAUGCUGCUCUCAGGUGCGGGGCAGACACCAGCCUACGAUCUUUAUCCUGCCACCAAAAUAGACCUAGCAGUGGAUGAGCUGGGACUGUGGGCAAUCCAUGCAGAGCCAGAUAGGAAGAUGGUCAUUACGAAACUCAGCCCUGAGACCCUGGCUGUGGAGCACACCUGGGACACAUCCUGCAAAAACCAGAACGCGGAAGCAGCUUUCAUGAUGUGUGGCAGCCUGUAUGUCAUAUACAACUCUCCAGGGGGAGGCACCUCUCGGAUAGAUUGUAUCUAUGAUAUCUUAGAUACCAUCAAUACUUAUGAAAUCCCAGCACUUCGUUUCCCCAAACGCCAGGCGAGUCAUUCCAUGGUGCAUUAUUACUCUAGAGAAAAGCAACUCUUUGCCUGGGAUAAUGGAUCCCAAGUCAUUUACAAGCUCACAACGCAGCAAAAAAGAUAAAACAACAAACCACGAGAAUUCUUCCCUUAUCAUGUACAUAUCUAACUAUUAUGGUGAACUUUCAGAUUCUAGACAGAGGUACAGAAAAUGGUUUUUACCCUCUUUUCCCACCUUUAAAACUUAAUUUACAGUCUUAUUAUGGGCUUUGGACAAGAUGUUUUACCCCUGUGACUUGUUACUGCUGAGGCCCAGGCCCUCCUUGCUAGCGGAGCUGGUCCCAGGAUGCAGACACCUGAACAACGCAGCAACAACGCAGCUUCCGGUGACUGGCUGGAGGGACAGGCCCCAAUUAGCCGGCCUUUUUUCCUUCUUGUGCUGCUAGAAGAAGUGGGAGUGUGCAGCAGAAAGGAGAGGGAGAAAUGCCAGGUGGUCAGGAGGAGAAUGUGUACCUGCUGGGCCCUAGGAGUGAGGCGAAAGAGAAAGGCCUGCACUCCACUUCAGCCACCCCCAAAUGCCCGUGGCUUUCCUUUGGGCUCCAUUGCCUCCCAGCUCUCUCUUGCUUCCUUUCCUGCUUCUUUCCCCCAUCCUGAGUUGCUCCCCGCUCCCUUCCUAAGCUAUGCUCUGUCACCCGUUCCCUUCUCUAGUGAUCUUUUCUCUCCCAACUUGCCUUUCCCCCACUCCUGUUAGCUUUCCAUCCUUCCUUUCAUCCUGGCCCUCAGACAGUCCCUCAUCUUCCAUUCCUUGGGAAAGGGUUAUAGCUUGCAGGGGGUGCACAUCCUUGGCUUGCAAAAGGGCCCAGGUACAGGGAGGGCUUGAAAAGACUCCCGUCUGGAACCCAAGACAAUCCUGGCCAGUCUAGCAUGGCCCGAUUGUGAGGCAGAGGGGGGCAGUCUCUGCAACAUCAGAGCUGGGCGAUAGCGAAGGGCAGCAUGGUGUUGGAGGACAGGGAUGGCGAUGCUAGAUGGGCUGCUCUGAGCCCUCUAAGCUAGCCUACUGCUUUCAUCACCGGUGUUGAAGCACGACUGAACUGUCAGUCUGGUCAGCUUUGGUCUACACAGGGUUGGCCCAAGCCAUUUUGCUGCCGGAGCUGAAGCCCCUUGCACUCCACGUACAGAAACCAACCAGAGUGAGAACUGAUUCUUACUUCAGUGCUUCUAGUGGAACAGGAUCCUCCACUACACCCGAGGGCAUCAGGCUAGCUUGUGGGUGCAGGGAAGACCCAAGCAGCACCCAUCUCUCGGUCCUCCUAACACCUCUCCACCCGCAGCAUCCAUUCCCUGAGGUAGCUGCUUCAUUCGGCCUAAUGGUAGGGCUGGCCCUGUGCUUACAGGGUGGAAGCAAGUGCCGGCUCGUCCUUUGCCUCAGGGAGCAAAACUAGAGCUACGGGCAAAAGGUCUCCACCCUAUUUGUGGCCAAAGAAAGUCCUUCAAAUGCUUUCUCACAGCAGGUGUCAAAGCACCUUUUUUGUAAGAGUUUUUGAGGGCUGUUGUGCUGCCAGUGUAAGUGACAACAGCCCUUCCCCUACAGCGCAGACGUGAGGGGGCAGUGCUGUGUCCGGCUCCAGCAUAAGUAUGAAGCUGAGCCAAAAUCUUCCUUUAUUCUACCUCAUUCUCAGGCUUAUCAUUUAUAUCCUGGUGAUUUUUUCUCAUGUAAACACUGCCAGAGGUUUGUGUGUGUGCUUUCUUUCUUCUGCACAUCUUUCUAUUGAUCUGCCCCUCUUAGGCUAUCUGUGCUUCUUGAUGAAAAAAGACCCUCAGGGAGAAAUUACCACAUGAUUUCUUUCCAUGGGCUUUAACUGAGGAGUAGGAAGGCGGGAAGCAGCCAGAGAGAUGAUUGGUAUGAUGAAAAAAAGACACUUGUGCACACUCCUUGGCCAACUCCCAUGAGGUAUGCACAAGAAACUCAAGCCCAACCUGUGAGAAUUUCUCCAAAAUUUUCUUCACCAUUGAAUUUCUUUUUGAAAGUAAUUUCUAUAAACUGAGUAAAAAAUGUUUAAAAAUGUGGGAUAAAUUUUCGGCAUAGCACUAAGCAUAAAGUUUUGGGCCGGCCCUGAUGUUGAGCUAGAUGAACCAAAGAUUUGACUUGGUAGGACGCUUAUGUUCUUUGGGCUUUUUCCUCAUUUUUUUCCAUUUUGUGUCCUUUCUUUUUCACCUGCACUCUUUCCUCCUGCCACAAAAGUUGCAUCAUUUUACCCAGCUCAUACCUGAAGCUGAUGGGGGAGGUGGCAGCUUCAUUUACAUUUCCUCUAAGGCAGAAGUCAAGUUUGGAAUGGGGAAGUGAUGGCUCUCAGCUCUUUCUCCUUGCCUCCUAUUUCUCCCAAACACUUGCAGCAGAAAUUCUGGAUACAUAUUUCCCUACAAAGAAUAUUAAUUCUAUACUAAUUAAUAUGAACAGCUCCCACAGCAGUCUUUAAAGACAUUUUUAAAAAUAAUUCUAUCAUUGUAAAUUUUGUCAUAGUCAUAACUAUGACCAGCAGUUAUUUGGUGCUCACCCUAACCCUAACCUUAACCCUAACCCUAACACCAAACCAUGUUGGGGCAGCUCUGCAAAUAAUGGUCAGUAAGAGAGAAGAAUGAGGAGAUGUCCAACACCGGGGAAUGGAUCCAGUUUUAGUCAUACUUAGAGACUGAUAUUUGAAGGCUUUGGCAAUAAAUAAAUAAGGGAGUCAGAGGUUCAGGAAUAAAUACCUUAUUUCCACCCACUUUUUCCAAAGCAGUUUGAAAAAAAUGUGGGAGUGGGACAGUUUUUCCCGAUUUUUUCUGAAUUCCCUUUCCUCGGGCUGUCAUACCUUAACCAAGAGUAGAUGCACUGAAGUCAGUGUGGGUUGUGUUAGCCCUGGUUAAUAUAACUCCCAUUGGUUACGGUGAGUGUACUCAGAACAGAACUAAAUCUGGCUCUAACCCCAGGUAUUUCAGAUCAGAUUUAUCAUGAUGUAGCCAAUGGACGCUGCUGAAUGCCAGUGCGACCCUUCGGAUAGUCUCCUGCUGCAUGUGUGGUGGAGGAGAACCCCUCACAGAACCUGGUUUAGAUGUUUCUGCUUACCCUCUCACUGGACUGGAAACUAUAUAAAUCUCACUGCUUUUGUAGUGUCUUUUUAUUCUGACAAAUUUUAAUGGCAUGCAGAGAAUAAUUCUAUGGUCCACAAUAGGUUGCAUGAAAUAAUGGAUAUACUGCCAUCACCAAUUGAGUACUUGUUUUCAUUGUACAGGAUAUAUUUUAAAAGUUAAAUAAAGAACUAUACAUUGGCA